AUGGAUGCUGAAGCUACUGGUAGCUGUGGUUUAGAUAGUGCAAAAGUGGAGGUAGAUGAUGGUAUCGAAAGGAUGAAUGGAGGUAAAGGAAAGGCAAGUGAAGUGGAAGAAAUUGAAGAGAUGGUGGAAGCGAAUGAUUUAAAUCCCUCGAACAAUUCCCCAAUCCAAUCAACUUAUAAUUCUAACAUUGGCACCGGAAAUUUGAAUCACUCGAAUUCGAAAGAAGCUUAUUUAAAGUUUGUUGAAAAUCCGAAAGAGGUUGCGAGAACAAGUGGAUACAUUGAGGAGAUUGGAGACAGGAAUAGUGAUGCACUCGAAACAUUAUUAUUAGCUUCCACGAAUUCCACAUAUACUUCUACAAUCUCAAUUUCAACCACAGCCGUCACAACUCCCUCAAUAAACAACACAUAUAAUAAUUCCGCAAAAUCACACCCAACACUCACAUAUCACGAUAACUAUUAUCAAGACGACGAUUUCAUAUCAGCCGAACCUUCCAGUAGCAGAAGUCCAAAUAUUGAAAUCGGUAGGUACAUCAUAGACGCGCGUGCAGUAGAUUGA